UCCGUAGUUGAAUAACAAACAUGGCGACCUGCAUUGGUAUGGUCGCAAGAGUAGGAGGUGUCACAUUCAAUGCAUUAAAGCCGGUAACUUGUGAAUAUGCAAGACGAUCAUCUAAUCAAAUAAGCCUGAAUCGCUUUGCUCAUGGUAUUCGCAGUAGUCUCUAUGAUCAUGUCCGAGAAGGAUAUAGUGACAAACCGGACCUGGAUAUGCGACUUGUGUGUGAGGAAACGGACAAAGUCGUAGCCAAUGUGGAGAACAGGAAAGGUGGCUUGCGUGGGGUUGAUGUCAGAGAGAUUGUGAGUGUAUGGCAGCAGCUUCAGGAUGUGAGGAACAGCAUCUCUGAGCUGGAGCAGCAGAAGAAGACUGUCAGUGAAGAUGUGCGACUGCUUGUGGAGAAGAAUGAGAAGAAAUCUCUGGCCAAUCUGCCGGAAUUCAACCAAGCCCGUCAGAAGGGCCGGGAGAUCCGCGGCCGGCUGAACCUACUCUACCCCAAGGAGAGUGAGCUGGAGGCCGAGCACUACAGCCGGGCCCUCCGCCUGCCCAACACCACGCACCCCGACGUGCCAAUCGGAGAUGAGAGCCAAGCGUGUGUGGUGGAGCUGAUUGGUCAGAAGCCAGAGUUUAACUUCAAACCCAAAGGCCACUUAGAGCUGGGGGAACACCUGGGCCUAAUCAGACAGAGACAUCUGGCCCAUGUCUCGGGUCACAGGUCGUACUAUCUGAGGGGGACCGGGGCCCGGCUGCAGACCGCCCUCCAGAACUUUGCUCUGGACACACUGCAGCGACGGGGCUUUGCUCCCAUGGUGGUGCCUGACAUGCUGAAGGGGGCUGUGUUUGAGGGCUGUGGGAUGCAACCCAACGCCCACCGCUCCCAGGUCUACUCACUGGACCCCCUCCAUUUCCCUGACCUCAACCUGGCUGGCACCGGAGAAGUGGGGCUGGCAGGUUUCUUCAUGGACCAUGCUGUGAACUGGGCCGACCUCCCUGUCAGGUCGGUGUGCAGCAGCACGUGUUACAGAGCUGAGACGGACACAGGCCGAGAGACCUGGGGUCUCUACAGAGUACACCAAUUCAACAAGGUGGAGAUGUUUGGUGUGACCGCUGAUGAGACGGGAGAGGAGAGCUCUAAGCUCCUGGAGGAGUUUCUCUCAUUGCAGAAGGAGAUGUUCUCCUCGCUGGAGCUACACUACCGAGUGCUGGACAUGCCCACGCAGGAACUCGGCCUCCCGGCACACAGGAAGUACGACAUAGAAGCCUGGAUGCCUGGGAGGAACAGCUAUGGAGAGAUCUCCAGUGGGUCCAACUGCACAGACUACCAGAGCCGACGUCUGAACAUCCUGUAUGAGAGACAGGAUGGCAGUCUGCAGUAUGCUCACACUGUGAACGCCACAGCCUGUGCGGUCCCCCGCACCAUCAUUGCCAUCCUGGAGACCCACCAGACCAAGGAGGGAACGGUACGAGUGCCCACAGCCUUGCAGCCAUACUUAGGACUGGAAGUGAUCGAGAAGCCCACCUCUGUUCCUCUCCGAUACAUCGGCCCCAACCAGCCCAGCCGCCCACCCAGGCCUGUGCCGAAGACCAGAUGAUAAAACAAGACCUAGGCCGCAAACAUCACCAAAUAAAUGACUACCACCAUUUCAUACUUACUGCUCUUCGAAGACUCAACUUUAUUUUUUACAUAGUAUGUCAAAUGUAAUCAGUUGUCAGUGAAAUAAUGAGUUGGUUAGUGUGUCCGUCUAUAAUGACUUUGAGUGUUGCAUCAGGCUUGGUUUAGAACAGGGUUGGCCAACUCUCUGCUGGCCAACCAUCACUGUAUUUACGUUUGUGUUAACACAUUCCAUCCUAAAAUGAUGUAUUAUAAUGUCCUGAAUGUGUUCUCUAUAAGAAAACACUAAAUUAAUAAAAACUA